AAUGUGAGAGAAUGAUAAAAUGGUGCAUUCGUCGAUCAAACCGGGCCACACAUCCGAAGCCAGAAAUUAAAUUAACAUCCACCAUUUUGUUUAUUUUCGCGAAAAUAAGUCUUUUCCCGGAUACGCUGUAGAAUAUUGCUGUUUUACCGCUAGACAACAGAGUGAUCUAUUACUCCUGGCAAUGAAUAUAAGAUUAGGAAUGUGCUAUUAGCGUUCCUAUCUAUUAUCGGGCCCUUGUGUUGAAAUUUGCAGACAUCGUCCGCGCCGCUAGUAAACAUAUUUGAAAAUUAACAGCAUUACGUGGAAGAAAAAUAAAAACCCACCUACGCAGGGUACCAGAGUUGAUGAGAAAAGUUCGGAUAAUUACCAAGUUCAAAGGGAGCAAUCCCCUAGCGUUAGAGGUACGUGAAGUGCAGUAAUCGGAGUUCGGACGUCAUAAGUGCGAAUAAGCUGUGAGCGUACAGUCUAUUCUUAUGGUGGAAUAUUUGUUCAGGAAAUAACCAAGAGUAGUGGGCGAGAGUCCCCCGUGGCGCGCCCGGCUAACAUGAACCACACGCCUGCACCGGACAGGCAGCAUCAGCACGACUCCAAUGUUAAUCAGGUGGAGGAGAUGGAGACUCAAGAUGUGGAAACUGUAGACGCUGUCACUGACAAGACCUGGGACGACGAACUUAUGAAAGGUCCCAACGGCGAAGUAGUCAUGGGCGAGGUUAUGAAGAAUCAGGAGACCACAUCUUCAGACAUGCCGCUGGCUUGUCUCGACACCGAGAUGGAGGAUGAUGAGGCGCGGUCAGAAACGACAUUCCGCUUCACGGUACAGAACUUCAGGAACUUGAAAGAUUCCGUACUGUCGCCGGCGUGCUACGUCCGGAACUUACCGUGGAAGAUAAUGGUGAUGCCGAGACAAGCGCCCUCACCCGACCGACAACAGCAGAAGUCGCUAGGAUUCUUCCUUCAGUGUAAUGGGGAGAGUGAGUCUUCGAGUUGGUCAUGCUAUGCUAUGGCAGAGUUAAGACUAAUCUCCCACAAGCCAGAUACCGAACCCUUCUUUAGGAAGAUUCAACACUUGUUUUAUAGCAAAGAAAACGAUUGGGGUUUCUCCCACUUCAUGGCUUGGAACGACGUAUUGGAUCCCGAGAAGGGUUACAUAAAGGACGACGCAAUCACGUUGGAAGUGCACGUGACCGCCGAAGCACCUCACGGUGUCUCUUGGGACUCGAAGAAACAUACCGGUUAUGUCGGUCUCAAGAACCAAGGCGCGACGUGCUACAUGAAUUCGUUGUUACAAACUUUAUAUUUUACAAAUCAACUACGUAAAGCUGUUUACAAGAUGCCCACAGAAUCUGACGAUAGUACCAGGUCUGUGGCUCUGGCACUGCAAAGAGUUUUCUACGAGCUUCAGUUUUCCGAUAAGCCAGUUGGCACGAAGAAGCUUACAAAGAGUUUUGGAUGGGAGACACUUGACUCUUUUAUGCAGCAUGAUGUGCAGGAGUUUCUUAGGGUAUUGUUAGAUAAAUUGGAAAGUAAAAUGAAGGGUACAUGCGUGGAAGGAACAGUCCCUCGCCUGUUCGAGGGCAAAAUGACGUCGUACAUCAAGUGCAAGAACGUGAACGUCUCCAGCACGCGUGUCGAAACGUUUUACGAUAUUCAACUUAAUAUUAAAGGGAAAAAGAACAUCGAUGAAUCGUUCAAAGACUACAUCAGCACAGAGACCCUGGAUGGUGAGAAUAAAUACGACGCCGGAGAGCAUGGUCUCCAGGAGGCGGAGAAGGGAGUGAUCUUUGCGUCAUUCCCUCCCGUGCUCCAUUUACACCUCAUGCGGUUCCAGUAUGAUCCCAUCACCGAUAGCUCAGUCAAGUUUAAUGAUAGGUUUGAGUUCUAUGAACAUAUCAACUUAGAUGCGUACCUACAAGAGAAACCCGAGACCCCAGCCGACUACACACUACACGCUGUACUGGUCCACUCAGGAGACAACCACGGUGGGCACUACGUAGUCUUCAUCAACCCCAAGGGUGAUGGCAAGUGGUGUAAGUUCGACGAUGACGUGGUAUCACGUUGUACCAAGCAGGAAGCCAUAGAGUACAACUACGGUGGACACGACGAGGACAUGACGUUGACUGUCCGUCACUGCACCAACGCAUACAUGUUGGUUUAUAUAAGGGACUCACAGUUGAAGACUGUUUUGCAAGAGGUGACUCAGGCAGAUAUUCCUACGGAGCUGAGCGAAAGGCUGGCUGAAGAAAAGAGAAUUGAAACUAUUCGUCGCAAGGAGCGCAACGAAGCUCAUUUGUACAUGAAUGUGAAUGUAGUCCUAGAGGAGGCGUUUGACGGUCACCAGGGUAACGAUUUAUAUGAUCCGGAGCGUGCCCACUACCGCGUGUUCCGCGUUAGAAAGCAGGCCACUGUUGCUGAGCUUAUGGAGAUGUUAGCUGAGAACUUCAAGUAUCCACUCAAGCAGCUCAGGCCGUGGCCUUUCAGUGCGCGUUCUAACCAGACAUGCAGACCGACUUGCCUAGACAUAGUCAACGACCAACACAAGACUGUGUCAGACGUCUCCGAGAACAUGAACCCGUGGAACAUAUUCUUGGAGAUGUUACCUCCUGACUCCGGCUUCAGCGCGCUCCCGACCUUCGACAAGGAGAAUGAUGUGGUGUUGUUCUUCAAGUUCUACGACCCUAAACAGAAGCGCAUACACUACUGCGGGCACCAUUACUUGCCGAUCGCCAGCAAGCCCGCGGAUCUUAUUCCUAUACUUAAUAAGCGUGCAGGGUUCCCACCUGACACACCACUCGUUCUAUACGAAGAGAUCAAGCCAGACUUUGUUGAGAAAAUCAACAACUACAGCGAACCUCUUGAAAAGCUGAUGGACGGCGACAUCAUCGUUUUCGAGCGCGCUGACCAUCGACACGAGGACCUGGAGCUGCCAACCUGUCAGGACUACUUCAAGUACAUCUUCUACAAGGUCGAGGUGCAAUUUGUGGAUAAGACUGUCCCUAACGACCCUGGGUUUACUAUGGAGUUGUCGAUGCAGAUGCGUUACGACCAGAUGGCGAGAGCAGUCGGACAGAGACUCAACGUCGACCCCUACUUAAUACAGUUCUUUAAGUGUCAAAACUACAAGGACACCCCGGGACUUCCACUCAGAUACUCAUACGACGGAAUACUUAAGGAUUUGUUAGUGUACUGUAAACCAAAGUGCCCUAAGAAGUUGUUCUACCAGAUAUUAUCUAUUAAAGUUAAUGAAUUGGAUAACAAAAAACAGUUUAAAUGUUUAUGGGUUGGUCCAAAUUAUAAAGAAGAUAAGGAAUUAAUUUUAUAUCCAAAUAAAGGUGGUAAGGUGUCAGAUAUUUUACAAGAGGCAGCUAAGGUCGUGGAAAUGUCACCGGACGGUUCGGGAACAUUAAGGAUCGUGGAGGUGUCGUGUCACAAAGUAUUACCGGGGCCCGAUCCUGACCUGACUCUCGACCAAGUCACCAUAUCGCCGCCCAGACUAUAUAGAAUAGAGGAAGUACCUAGAGACGAGGUCAACUUAGCGGACGACGAGAUCAUAGUGCCGUGUGCCCACUUCCACAAGCAGGUGUACGCGACAUUUGGCAUCCCCUUCUACACGCGCGUCAAACACAACGAGCCCUUCCAGGCCGUCAAGGACCGGCUGCAGAAAAAACUCGACAUACCUGAUAAGGAAUGGGAAAAGUACAAUUUCGCUAUAGUGACAAACGGCAGACCUAACUACAUAAGUGAAGGAGCGACAAUAAACAUUUAUGACUUCAGGCCAAGUAGUAACGCGAACGCGACGGCCCGGCCGUGGCUCGGGCUGGAGCAUAUCAACAAGACGCCGAAGCGAUCCCGCGUCAACUACCUAGAGAAGGCGAUCAAGAUAUACAACUGAGCCAUCACGUGCGCUCCCUGGUUGGCCGGUCGGGCGCGCCCAGCCCGCUAGUUCGACACACCGCGACACUACGCCCGCGCCCCGCGCCCCGCACGCCCUGUACUCUUACUUUCUCUCUUCCUCCACGUUGUCAUUUAUUUGGCUUCUUCUAUUACAGAUAAAUGUAACGUUAACUUUGUGCACGCGCUUGUGCCGUGUUACUGUCGCCUGGGUACGCAACUUAAUAGCCUUAUUUAUAUAGUUAUAUGCAUCGCUAACACCAAUAUUUGACUUUCUUUACUGCCCUAUUUAUUCUAAGAAGGAAACUGAUCCUGUUCACGUGGAGUAGACGCAGGCCAUAGAAUAGUCAAGCUAGGAAAUGCUUUUAUGAUUAUUUCUAACUUUAUUUUUAAUGGCCGUCGUUUAAUAUUAGAGUUGUCACGGAAGCAGGAGAAGUUUUGCUGGUAAAGUGAUCCAUUCGAGUAUUAUGUUAUUCUAUUUUUUUCAUGUUUGUAUAACACUAUAUAUUAUUUUGUUAAAUCUGUGGCAUUAAUAGACUUAAACUUGAUCAUUUGGGAAACGAGUUGAGUAAACAGUAAUAAUGAAAUUAAACUGAACGUGGCCGCUAUCAUACAAACGAAUGCAACGGCUUGGUCACGUAGUUUUCUUGUAGAUAGUUUGCGUAUACCGUGGCGACCUGUUUGUUUCUGAACACAUUUAGUCGGCGCGCGGGCGUCGCUCAGACUGUGAAACACGUCUCCCCUAAACCAGUGAGUGAACCACGUGGCCUCCCGUACAUACUGACAUGUCUACAGUUGUUUUUUAUAUUAGUUUAAUGAAAGCUGUUGGUUGAACGAGGCAGAGGCAAGAUCGCGAGUCGCCUCGAAGGUUGUGCCAACUGUCCCAGCCUCGCUCAGUCGAGCAGCGCGGUCGUCUGGGGUGAUUCGGCAAUGUAAAGCAUUUUCACGGAGUAUACAAGAAACAUUAUUUAGACAUGAAUUUGAAUAGUAAUAAAAUGUGCCUCUGUGUGUUGACGCUUGUUUGAUUAACUAUAUUAACAAACUAGUGUAAUAUAAAGAAGUAUUUACAGUUAAAGCGGCUUGCUGAUCGUUCCUUGUGACAGCAAAGUUCUGAGAAGCUUGUAUUGUUAAAAAUACUAUUUUAUUAUAAAUGUUGAACAUAGUAAUCGAGUUGGAUGAAAUGCAUGAUAUUAAUAGUUUAAUUAAUAUUCAAAGUUAUUAUAACUUCCAAAAUAGAAAAAUAUGGUGAUAAACGACAUACGCUUUACAUAUACCCCCCAUUAAUUAAUUUUGUACCAAUUUACAUGUAACAUAUAUUUGCUUGACAUGUUGCGUCCAUUUUUUUGCAUCAUGGAGAAAUCUUGAACUAUGACCAUGACUGUCAAAUGAAUUUGAAUAGAGUAAAAGAAUUGGUUUUGUAUCUACAAUGAUGGUAUUGUGAUAAUAAAUAUUAGUGAAGCCUGUACAUAGCUGCUGCACAUACCUUUACAAACGACAAUCAUGUCUGGGUUUGUGCUUUUCUAUAAAAAUAAUGUUAAAAGACACUCGCUAAAACUUCAUGUGUAAUCUGUUUUUAUAGAAAUUAUUGGAGUAUAUUAUAUACUAAAGUCUAAAAUGUUUUAUUGAUUGUCGAAUUGCCAACACCUACGUGUAUGUUUGGGGCUAAAGCAAUAUCAAUUAGUCUAAUAUAGUACCGCGACAAGGCGUAGCGAGUAGCGGCCUCAACUGUACACUAGGUUUAUUUGCACAUAUAGAAUAACGUUAGCACUGUAUUGUUAAUUCUGGCUAAAAGCGUCCGAGCGAUCUGAAGCGGUCUACAUGUUACUAUUUAAUAAUUGGUUAAAUCAGAAUCUUUCCAUUGAGAAAUCCAUUGUAAAAUUAUACUUUUUGGAGGAAUGUUAUUCACUACAUGUUUCGUGAAAAUACAAAUGCGAGUACGUGGCUCUUAAUUACUAUAUUAUAUUAAUCUUAGAAAUGGUUAUUAUACAUAGUAAGAGUGAAUCUAUUUCCUGAAAGUAUAACUUUAUAUAAUGUUACUGUUUAAUUUUAUACUUGACCUGCCAGAGAUAUGUUACGUUUUUAAAUAAAUGAUUAUGUCGAAAUUAUGUAUAUAUAUGAUGUAAUAAAUUAAGAAAAAAAUACAAUAAGUUUUCGUAAAGAUGCCUUAGACGUUUUAAGACAUUUUUAGUGGUUUGAAAUGAUAAUACUUAAUUUAAUUUAUACCCUUUUUAGUUUUUAUUUCGUGUCUGGAGAAGGUAACUUCACAUCUCGAGUAUAUCUCUGUUGUCUAUGAGUGCAAGCGAUGUUUCCGUCGAUUGUGUUCCUUCUAAUGUUUCUGUUCAAAUCGUUAAUUUUAUGUUAACAUUGUGUGUUGGUUGCGCUAUUUUCAUUAACAUGGUUUGAGGUAUAUUGAAAGAACUUAGAAACAUAGUGGCUUAGUAGCUGAUACAUGCCGUCGAUAAUAAAAUGGCAAAUGGGAUUAUAGUCUAUUAAUUGUUUCACAUAUUGAGCUAUUUUACUAGGUUCGAAGCAGUUGUGUAGGCGAGUCUGUAUACAGCUUGUGCAAACAUUGAAAGUAUCCCAAUGUUUGUUAUGUUGGAUUUGAAUGUUUCAUUGAAUAUAAUCCUAUAUUUGUUUUA